AUGUUACCAAUAUCACUUACAUUACAGUACCUCUGUUGGACAAAGAUCCUCUGCUGUAAAGGUUCAAGCUAAAGGUAUAUUUUACCCUAACAUCUACUACUACAGGGAUCACCUGCUGAUUCCGGUGAUUCCCGUGAUGAUUCCCGUGAAUAAUAAUGAAAGGUUUCAAGUUAAAGACAAGGUCAUUAUACACUUGGACCCGAACGAUCUGCAUCAAAUUAUAAAAACUAAAUAUGGUCACUGGGAUGAUGACCUGGAAAGGGGAAUAUUUGAAGUAGGUAUUGUGGAAAACGAUGAUGACAAUGGAGUUGAGGUUAAAUAUGAAACACUGAAAGAAGCUUUGCUGUUUCCCCAUGACGUUUUGUCGAAGGUCCAUGAUCUAAGGGUAAAAGACAGAGCCACGAUUUCUGUUUACAAAGAAAAAGUAAAAAUACUACAAGAAGGUCACAGAGGAUGGAUUGACCAAAUGGAGGAGGUGCUCGGCCAAGAAGGGAUAGUAACAGAAAUCGAUGAGAAAGGCGAUGCAAAUGUUGAAGUUGGAGAAACGAAAUUGUGGUUUAACCCUGCUGCACUCAUCCUUGAAUCAAAAGAAGAAGAGAGGGAACCCGCUGGUACAGUGAUGACCGACGAUGCUAAAGAGGGUGCUGAGGGAGGUGACGGAACAUUGGCCGUAACAGAAAAGCGCGUCAAAAAAUCCUUGCCAGAAGAGGCCUUGGAAACCUUGGAAGCCUUACCAGACUUAUUUAAGAACAGGAUAGAAGGUCUGUCAAAUUUCAUAACUGAGGGCUUUAAAAAGUUUCGUGAGGAUACUCGUAAAAAAUUACCAAUCACCGUUAUUUUUGGUGAUAACCAAGUUGACAGCUGCAAAAGUGACCAGUCAAAUAAUGCUGAAGAAAUUGACUCACUUGAAGGGCAAGCUUGCGCACCUCUUCAAUCAGCAGAAAGUACGGAAGAGUUGAAAAGCUCCGACGAAGAUGAAGAUGAGGACUUUUUUGUUCGUCCUACGAUUAUGAGGCGAAUUGCUCCAGAAAAUCAGCCACAUCGAACAGAUAACGUUUACGAGAUGACCCUCUAUCCAAGGGGUGUUGCGAUGAUUGUCAACAUAAAAAACUUCACUAUUGAUCCUGGGCAUCCCAUGUUUGGGAAGUUGGAAGAGCGUCUUGGAUCAGAAAAGGAUCAAGAAAAUUUUACCCUUUUGUUUGAAUAUUUGGGUUUCCUUGUUGAAACGAUCAACAGGACUUCUGGAGAUGAACUCCUUGCGGAACUGCAUAGAAUUUCCACUGAAUAUGAUUUUAGCACGACAGAUUGUUUUGUUCUCUGCAUCAUGAGCCAUGGAGAAAAUGACAGUAUCUACGCCUCAGACGGAAAACGACUUCCCCCCUCGUUAAUCGUUUCCUUGUUUUGGAACUCAAGAUGCAAAAGUCUCGCAGGCAAGCCAAAGCUGUUCUUUUUCCAAGGAUGCCGAGGAAAAAGAAAGGAUCGUGGGGUACCUCUUUCUGAUGUUCCAGGAGAUGAAAUGAAGACAGCAAUCAAUGAUUCCUUUCCGUCAACAUCAGAGUCAAACGAUGCAAGCACGAUUCCUGAAACCGCUGAUAUUCUAGAGUUUUACUCGUGUUACGUAGGAUUUAACGCAUUCCGUAACUCGGAAACAGGAUCCCCUUUUAUCCAGACUAUCGUAGAAGUGUUCAGAAAAUAUGCUUGUCGUCACCACAUUUUAGAACUAAUCACCAAAGUCAAAAAAAGAGUUAGUGAAAGCCAGCAUUUAGGGAAGAAGCAAAUGCCCCAGCAUAAUUCAACUCUGUUAAAAUACCUGUACUUCUGGCCAGGAAUUGAUUUUUGGGACGAAUAUCCUAAGUACUGACCUGGAACGCAGCGGCUUGAAUAAUGGAAGAGUAUUCUCUAGAAAAUCGAUUUUUGAGAAAGUAGCAGCCCUUCAACUUGAAGCAGGGUUCAAAAUGCAGUCAAUUGAAAUAAUAAUUAUAAAAGAGUAAAUUAUACACCGUGAAAAGAUGAAAAAACUUACUGACGUUUCGGACGCCAGUCCUUCGUCGGGGUAAAAGAGAAAGAGGUGGUAGAAA